AUGACACCUUCCAUUGAUUUUCAAAUUGAAAAAAUUAGUAAAUUUCAAACUAUUGAUAAAGAGUUUACUACAAAUGUUAUUAAAAAUACUUUAAUUGAUAUUUUAUCUAAAAUUGAUUAUUCAAAUUGUGAACCAGACGACGAAAAUUCAUUUUUCAUUUGUAAUUUAAAUCAAGUUAUUAAAUCUUAUAAUUAUUGGUAUCAAGAAUUACCUUAUAUUAAACCGCAUUAUGCUAUUAAAUGUAAUACUGACGUAAGAGUUAUUAAAUUAUUAAGUGAUUUAGGUUGUAAUUUUGACUGUGCGUCAAAAUCAGAAAUUGAAACAAUUUUACAAUUGGGUAUUUCACCAGAUAGAAUAGUUUAUGCAAAUCCAUGCAAGACUUCAUCUUAUAUUAGAUUUGCUAAGGAUGAAAAUAUCAAUUUAACUACAGUUGAUAAUGUUGAUGAAUUAUAUAAAUUAUCAAAAUUUCAUCCAAACUGUAAUAUUUUAGUUAGAAUUUUAACCAACGAUGAAACAUCUCAAUGUAGAUUAAGUACCAAAUUUGGUGCUUCAAUUGAAGAGGUUAAAGAUGAAAUCUUACCAAUUGCUAAAAAAUUAAAUUUAAAUAUUGUUGGUGUUGCAUUUCACGUAGGUUCAGGUGCAAAAGAUUUUAACUCGAUUUAUGAAGCAAUUAGAGAUUCAAGAAUUAUAUUUGAUGAAGCAAUUGAUUUAGGUUUUAACAUGUCAAUUUUAGAUAUUGGUGGUGGAUUUGAAGUUGAAACUUUUAAAGAAUCAUCAUCAAUGGUUAAUUUUGCAAUUUCAAAAUAUUUCCCCCAAAAAUUUAUUAGACAACAUGACAUCGAAUUUAUUGCAGAACCAGGUAGAUUUAUGGUUUCAAAUGCAUUUCUUUUAUGUUGUAAUGUAAUUGCAAAAAGAAAAUCAAUGUUAUAUUUAAAUGAUGGAUUAUAUGGUAAUUUAAAUUGUAUUUUAUUUGAUCAUCAAAUUCCAGAAAUUAAACUAUUAAAACAUAAAAAUAAAGUUUAUUAUGAUAGAAAUGAUUUACCAAAUGAUGAUUUUAAUUAUUCUAUUUGGGGUCCCACUUGUGAUGGUUUAGAUUGUAUUUCAAAAAAUACAAUAUUAAAUUAUGAUGUUGAUAUUGGAGAUUGGUUAUAUUUUCCAAAUUUAGGUGCUUAUUCAAGUUGUGCAAAAACACAAUUUAAUGGCUUUAAACAAGAUAGUAAGAUUAUUUAUGUUUUUGAAUAG